AUGAUCUCCCACACCCGCUACCACCACCACCCCGACCCCACUAUGAGGACUAUCGACCCCACGGACAUGACCAGGGACACAACAGGAGAGACCUUCCGGGUUACAGAGCUGACCCUUCCCAACAAGAGGAGCUUGAUCAGCGAGUAG